UUCUUCCCUCGUUUAGCUCGGCGGCUCGGAUCAUGUCAGCUAAGCUUCUGGUGGGUUUCUUCCUCCUGUCUGUAUUCCAAGCCUGUUCAAGAAAGGUUGAAGAGGAUGACUUUGAAGAUUUCACUACAAAUCAGAAAUGGGUAAUGUCUCCAAAAACGCACGACACUGAUGUGACACUGUUGUUAAACAAGUUGCUGAGAGACUAUGAUAAAAAGCUGCGACCAGACAUUGGAAUGAAACCAACUGUCAUUGAUGUUGACAUUUAUGUUAAUAGCAUUGGCCCCGUGUCAUCAAUAAAUAUGGAAUACCAAAUUGACAUAUUUUUUGCUCAGACGUGGACUGACAGCCGUCUUCGUUUUAACAGUACCAUGAAAAAAAGCCUCACCCUUAACAGCAAUAUGGUUGGGUUAAUUUGGAUUCCAGAUACUAUCUUCAGGAAUUCUAAAACUGCAGAAGCUCAUUGGAUUACCACACCUAAUCAGCUCCUGAGAAUAUGGAAUGACGGGAAAAUCUUGUAUACUCUAAGGCUUACCAUCAACGCCGAGUGUCAGCUGCAGCUACACAAUUUCCCAAUGGAUAAACAUUCGUGCCCACUGAUAUUCUCCAGCUAUGGCUAUCCUCAAGAAGAAAUGAUUUACAGAUGGAGAAAAAACUCAGUAGAAGCUGCAGACCAGAAAUCUUGGAGACUCUAUCAGUUUGACUUCAUGGGUCUCAGAAAUACCUCUGAUAUUGUGCAAACAUCGGCAGGCGAUUAUAUAGUCAUGACAAUAUACUUCGAAUUAAGUCGAAGAAUGGGAUACUUCACUAUUCAAACCUACAUUCCCUGUAUAUUAACAGUUGUCUUAUCCUGGGUAUCAUUUUGGAUUAAAAAAGAUGCCACACCAGCAAGAACAGCCCUAGGUAUCACUACAGUAUUAACCAUGACAACGCUCAGCACCAUUGCAAGAAAUUCCUUACCCCGUGUCUCCUAUGUCACCGCCAUGGAUUUGUUUGUGACUGUCUGCUUCUUAUUUGUCUUUGCUGCUCUGAUGGAGUAUGCCACCCUCAACUACUACUCGAGUUGCAGGAAACCGCACUGUACAAAGAAGAAAAAGUCGCUACCUGAUGUCAGUUUCGGUCACAUGAUGAACUAUUCUGUACUAGAAAUGAGGCCUCCUCCUACAGUCAUCACAUUGAAUAAUGCCAUGUACUGGCAAGAAUUUGAAGACAAUUGUAUCUAUGAAUGUCUGGAUGGGAAGGACUGUCAGAGCUUUUUCUGCUGUUAUGAAGAAUGUAAAUCCGGCUCAUGGCGGAAAGGACGGAUACACAUAGACCUCUUAGAACUAGACUCUUAUUCAAGGGUCUUUUUCCCUACAUCAUUCCUGCUGUUUAAUUUGGUCUACUGGGUCGGAUACCUCUAUCUCUAGAAACAUUGAAGGAAACUGUGUUUUCACACUUCUUAGGGAUAGUGAACAUAUGGAAGUUUAGGAUCUGACCAGUAUCAUUGCAAAGAGUAAAGAUCACCUUACCCUUUAUCAUCAAAGAAAGAGAAGAUUUUACUUACGCCGUUGCCUGAAAAAAACAAAAAUAAAAUAUUCAUUUCAUGUAUGGGAUGAUGAUGAUGAUGAUUAACUACACAAGACACUAUUGUGUAACAAUGUUUAUUAAUUGUUCCUACAUGAUGGAGAAUUUGCUGGUUUUGGGGGGGUGGGGGCUACAAAUUGCUAUGUAGCAUUCAGGCAAGGAGUCUGAGGACAAGUAUUAAUUUGCAGAUUAUUCCCUCCAAAUUUUAAACACAUUCUGGGAGCAAAUGCUUACUGCUGCAGGUUCAUUGAACUAUUUUUGAAUCCAAUGAAAAGCUGCUGAAAUUCAGUUAAUGGGAUUCAAAUUUUUGGUCAUCUUUGGUUUUAAUUUGAAGCUUUUAAAAAAGUAUGAUAUAAUGGAAACCUAAACAUUUGCUUCUUGCAAAGAUAGAGGUGUUAAUACAAAUUUAGCACCCGUUUAAUACAAGGUAUUAAAUUAUUCGGACUGGUCAAAUACUGCAGGAAAUGAUUUUUAGAAUAACGUACUUGAAACUUGAUGAGGCUUAGCUUGUUUAUGGUAGUGUAGCAGAUUGUAGCUGAUAUGGUGUGCAGUUCACUAUAUAAUAGCACUAAGAGGAUGUGAUUAAUUGCAAUUUAAUUUCUUCCAUACAUUAGAGUUUCUUUUUCAUUGAUCUUUUUAAGCAGGGAAAAGCUAUUGACCCAGUCUGUUAUGUUUUAUUCUGCCCAUUCAGAAUAAAACUCAUGUGCCUCAGAAUGCAGUUCUAUACCUGAGUUAUGCCCUUUGAGCAGCUUUAGGUAGUGGCAAAAGUGAAGUCACACCAGCAGAUCUGUGAUGGAUCUGAGACCCUACAUAAAUGUGAGUAUAGAGUUGCUCUGCCUGUCGCUGUUCUGUGUAAGCUCACAUGCACAUACUAACCCUUGCACAUUCCCCAUUCAUUUCAUUGGAGAGACCUAAUCUAUGUGUGUAUUUCUUUGAGUUAAUGAAUUGGAUUCUUCUGUUUAUGAAUGAGGGAAGUGCUUAUUGGUGGGUGAAUUCCAUACACAUCGGAGUAGCAGCACUGGUAAGCGCUCUCUGUACUGGUACAAUACAGGCUUUUUAAUUAGCAGAUCAAUAGGAGCCUUAUGUGUUCAGACACAAUUUCCUUGGCAAGAAGUGACAUAUUGGAGCUUCAGUUGUAAUAAACAUUACAUUUUGAAAAGUUCUUAUGGAUGAAGAAGUAUUAGGAAUUUUUUAACUACCAAUAGAUUUUAAACUGGAAAUGUGUUUUGUACUUUUGGAACUUGGACAUUAAAUUGCUGAA